AUGGCUCCGAAGAGAUCGUUCUUGGGCAGAUCGGCUGCCCAGAAGCUGAUUGAUCCUGCAAUCCGCAGAGCUGUUGAAUUUCAAGAACUGUCUGCUCGCAUUGAGAAGGCUCAGGCAGAAUCAGUUGGUUUGCGUGCAGUGCCAGCACACCUCGACAUCAAUGAAAUUCGUCGUCAGGCUCAGGAGAACGACAAAACCAUCAACUCACUUCAGCAAGAGUCGCUCAUCCAAGAUGAUCAAAGACUUAAGCGUCAGGACAUGCAACGCCAGCUCGACAACGUCCUCGCAGGACUGAACACUCAGGGUGAACUACCAGCUGUGGCCAGAAGCAAAGCUCAGAUUCAAGCUCAGCGAAUGGCAUGUCUCCAGUUCCUUGCCGACACUGUGACAGACGCAACGCCACAAGAGCAAGCAAACUUCCACGGUCUCGUGGCUGCUGCUCAAGAACCCGAAAAGCUCGUACCAGGCGACAAGUACACUAAGGAGCACAUCAUGUGGGCUCUGAACUCGGACACCACAAAAGACUCCUGGACCAUCGACGAAGUCUUCGAAGCUCUUGUAUCCGCUCGUAGAACAGUCGACCAGCAAGGACAACACACUGUUGACAGCAAGUUCGCCAUCAUUAGCUCAACACUUGAAAGAAUCGACACAACUGGACAAGAGACGGCCAAGGAAACCCGAAGACUGGAAAACAGCAUGCAGAAGGUCGUAGAUGCCCUCGGACCAUUCGAUGAUGGAGCCUUGAUCGCUCGUCCUUCUACUGCUCCUCCGCCUGUCACCGCUGCCACAUACACACGUACUGUACCCAGUUCUUUCAACCAAAUCACAAGCGACGAAUCGUAG